GAUGCCAAGUGGCGCGCGGCACAUUCUUUUAGUUGGGUCUUCGUCUUUCCUAACAUUUGGCGCGAAAAUCAGGACAGGGCUGAUAUCUAGGGUUUCGAUCAGGUUGAAAAUUGGGAAUCAUUUCAAAGGGUUCUUUGACUGGGAAUGGCUUCAUCACCCCCUUCAAAACGCAGGCGUAAGGACCAGAGCAAAGAUGAUGCAAACGACGUGUCAGCAACAUCUUCAUCCACACUGGAGAAAUUAUCCCCUGUGGUGGUCUUUGCUCAUGGUGCUGGUGCUCCCUCUUCUUCUGACUGGAUGAUCAGGUGGAAGGAUAUGUUGGGAAAAGCACUACAUGCUGUUGAAGUUGUUACCUUUGAUUACCCAUACAUUUCGGGAGGGAAAAGGAGGGCCCCUCCGAAGGCUGAAAAGUUGGUCGACUUUCACGCCGAUGUUGUCGAAAAGGCUGUUGCUAAGUACCCGGGUCAUCCGUUGAUUUUGGCCGGGAAAUCUAUGGGUUCAAGGGUCAGCUGUAUGGUAGCUUGCAAGGAAGGCAUUCGUGCUUCAGCAAUAGUUUGCUUAGGAUACCCGCUAAAGGGAAUUAAUGGAGCAGUGCGAGAUGAAACACUUUUGCAACUUUCUGUUCCCAUAAUGCUAGUACAGGGUAGUAAAGAUGCGCUCUGUCCAUUGGAAAAGCUAGAAGUUACACGCAAGAAGAUGAAAUGCCCUAGUGGUUUGCAUGUGAUUGAUGGUGGUGACCACUCCUUCAAGAUUGGAAAGAAGCAUCUGCAAACCACUGGGUUAACGCAAGACGAAGCUGAAGAUCUCGCUCUUCAGGCCAUUGCAUCCUUUUUGGCAGGGUCUCUUUGAGAAAGGUGACACUUUAUAUUGCAAAGAAAAGUUUCCAUGUAAAUCAAGGGUUGUAUCUCUAUAGAUUCUGUUCUCAUGCUGUUCUUGUAUUAUCAACUGCUUGCUUUGUUUUGUGAUGUAAACUGCUCAUGCUGUUUUUGUACCAUCAAUCUGCAACUUUAUUAUGCUAUCGGUUUAUCUGUCUAUGAUUUGCUGAA